GUAGUCGCGCGUCUUCUGGGCAGCGGCCACGAGGUGCGCGCCGUCCAAUGCUUUCUGCGGGCGGGCCGGGAGAGGGCAGCGGCCGCCGUGCGACCAGGAAGCGCCUCUCGGUGCAUUUAAGGGCGGCUGGGCUGCAUUGUAGUUGCCGCUGCCUCGUCCAUCUCCCGCGGGGAGACCAUGCUGGCAUCCCGCGCGCUCUUCGGGAGAGUCGCCGCAGCGGCGCGAAGGGCCACCGCUGAGGUCUCAUCGCCUUUUUCCACAGGGCCCAGGCAAGAUGAUGGCACAUUCUACGAAUUUCGUACCUAUACUGUUAAGCCAGACAAGAUGAAAGACUUCCUGGAACUGACCAGCAAAAACAUUCACCUUCGUACAGCUCAUUCCCAGAUGGUUGGAUACUGGACCUCAGAAUUUGGGGGACUGAAUAAAGCUUUCCAUAUUUGGAAAUAUGAGAGCUUUGCUCAGAGAUCUGCUGUCCGGACAGCAUUGGCCAAGGACCAAGAAUGGCAAGAAAAAUACAUGUCUCGAAUGCUGCCCUUGUUAGACAAACAAGACAACGAAAUUGCGUACCUGGUGCCCUGGUGUGAACUUGGCAGCCCUCCCAAAGAUGGAGUCUAUGAGCUGGUUACGUUCCAGAUGAAGCCGGGGGGACCAGCCGUGUGGGGCCAAUCCUUUAAAGCAGCAAUUAGUAUUCACAUAAAGACAGGAUACACUAAACUGAUUGGUGUCUUCCACACAGAAUACGGACUACUUAACAGAGUUCAUGUGCUUUGGUGGAAUGAAAACUCAGACAGUCGCGCUGCUGGAAGACACUCUGCCCAUGAGGAUCCCAGAGUAGUAGCAGCAGUUCGGGAAAGUGUUCAGUUCCUGGAAUCGCAGCAGAACUGUCUCCUGGUACCUACACCAUUUUCACCCCUGAAAUAGUUUUCUAUACCUACUAAUGGCGGUUUUCUUAAAAACAAAAAAAACACAGACUUUUAAGUGAUGUCCUAAUGCAGCCUUACUGCUGCCUGUUUACAAGGCUUGGUGCAAACCCGAUCUCCCAUCUUUUCUUUCUGCUUGCAGCAACACACCUCUCCCCCUGUUGGAAUUGCAAUGCAUGAUGGCAGAGGGCACGACCCACCCACUAAACGAGAAUUCAGAGCUUACUAAACUACUUAUAAAAAUUGGCUCUCAUAAAUUCUUUGCACGAGGGCUGUGCUGCUAGCGAUGUGAUGUGAAAGCGCUCUAGUGUUGGGAAUAAAUGGUCAGGGAAGUCCGGGGAAGAGAGUCUAAGGCAGAGGAAACGCCGCUUUGUAAACCCUGUCAGCCUUGUGCUGGUCAAAGCAGAAGGUGAGGCUGCUAUAUAUUUCCCCCCUGCCUUUUUUCUCCACACUCCCAAACUUGUUUCAGUGGGAAGACAAGUUAUGCCAACUCUACAGCUAGCAGAGCUUUCUUCCUAUUCUGGGGGUCAUGUCUGGGGAACAAAGCAGCUUUGCAACCACAGCUUCCCCUUGCCCAUCCCAUCAUGACUUCACUUUAACCUUGCAGAGAUUUCCAUUGCUGAUCAAAGGAGGGAUUCCAGAGUGGAGCUCCUUUUGUAUGGGUGGACCCUCUUCUCCACCUGCAGUGGGGAAGAGUACAUGCUAUUGUGCCCUAUGAGAACUAAAAAGUGAUUUAAGAGCCACACAGUCUUUUCCCCACAGUCUACAUGCUGCUUAACCCUAUUUGCAGGCUUUCAAACUAUGCACACAGAGCAAAAUGGGAAGAAUAGCAAACAUCACGAGUAGUGAUUUCUUUCUUUUUUUCAGUUCCACAAGCCCUACAGUUUCCACCUCGGCUGUUCUAAAGCUCAAAAGCUGCAUCAGUCCAGUGGUGAGAUCUGUUUGCCUAUGAUGAUACAAAUUUCCAAUGCUGGCCUAAGCAAUGUAAUUUUUGGAUUUCUCAUUAACUGCCUGGCUGCAGUUGGGACUAAAUCUGGGUCAGAGGAACCCUUGCAGUGCAGUUUACAUAGUGGUUGAGUGAAUAAGAAACUAUGAAGAUGACGUUCCCCCCCUAAACACACACACACGUUUUUAAAUGCAACAUGGGAACUCAUCUGUCAGUUUCUGUUUAGGGUCCAGGCUGGCUUUUAUUACCUUUACAAUACAUGGAAAAGUUCACCUUGUUCAUUUCAUGAGCAUGGAGCUCUCGCUGGCUUGCUGAAAUGCUGAAACUGUGAAUUAACUUGUUAUUUCUGGAAGCGCCUCUGUUCAUUCAUCUCUCUUGCAUAUGCUUGCACACCUGGAACAAUCAUCUCACAUACCUGGGAUGUAAAUGUGGAAAUGUGAACAUUAAAAAUGACUCUUUUUUUUUUUGGACGUUUAUACAUA